AUGGGAUUUACUCUUGAUCGGGCCUUCUCCAUGGCUCCUAAACGUUGGAAUAAACAUGGACGUGGUAACGAAGAGUCCUCGAAAACUGUUUUGUGGCAAAAUAAAUUUCCCAACUUUGCCUUAAAAGAAACCCGGAAAACUCUGCAAAACCCUGCUGCGGUGGCAGCUGUUUUGGGAUUGUUGUUGCUGGUGUAUUAUCCCAGCCCUGCAUUGGCUUCCUCUGGCGGUGUAAUGGGUGGAGACUCUAUUUCAUCAUCCUCGUCUUCGACUGAUUACUCGUCAUCGAGUGGUUACUCUUCGUCGUCAUGGACACAUUAUAAUGACUACUCAAGUUACUCCGCUAAAAAUGGUUCUUCGAGUAGUAGCUCUGGAGAGCAGGCCGGUGGAGAGUUGGGUUUUAUCCUACUCCUAAUCAUAGUGGUGAUAUUGUUCGUUGUCCUUCUGAACUAUUGUUCGCCAAAAAUUAGUGUUGUGAAGCUCCAGGUUGGCUUGAUGGGUUCGGCAAGAUCACUUCAGAGGGAUCUCGAUCUAAUUGCUAAAAGUGCAAAUACAUCUACCAAGGAAGGAUUAAGCUUCGUACUGACUGAAACUAUAUCCACUUUGCUUCGACAUCCUGAAUAUUGCAUCUCUGCUUAUUCAUCGGUUGAUGUUAAGAAUAGUAUAGUAAGAGUAAAAGAGCUAUUCAAUAAACUUUCUAUUGAAGAACGUCGUAAAUUUGAUGAGGACACACCUGUCAAUGUUGACAACAUAAAGAAGCGAAGUUCAAAUGGCCAAACAGCCAGUGGACCCAAUGAUGAUAAUGACUACAUCGUGGUUACGAUAUUGGUUGCUGCGGAAGAUUUGAGUAGGCUGCCUACAAUCAAUACUAGCUUAGACUUGAAAGAAGCCUUACAAAAGCUAGCAUCUGUUCCAUCAAGUCAAACUCAGGCAGUUCAGGUUUUGUGGACUCCCCAGCUUGAAGGCGACGUGUUAUCCAAGCAAGAUUUUCUUAAAGAUUACCCUCUUUUGCGCCCUCUCAUCCCUCUAUCCACCUAG